AUGCUUCGGUCAGACACUCACCGCACCCCUAUGCUUCGGUCAGACACUCACCGCACCCCUAUGCUUCGGUCAGACACUCACCGCACCCCUAUGCUUCGGUCAGACACUCACCGCACCCCUAUGCUUCGGUCAGACACUCACCGCACCCCUAUGUUUCGGUCAGACACUCACCGCACCCCUAUGUUUCGGUCAGACACUCACCGCACCCCUAUGCUUCGGUCAGACACUCACCGUACCCCUAUGUUUCGGUCAGACACUCACCGCACCCCUAUGUUUCGGUCAGACACUCACCGCACCCCUAUGUUUCGGUCAGACACUCACCGCACCCCUAUGUUUCGGUCAGACACUCACCGCACCCCUAUGUUUCGGUCAGACACUCACCGCACCCCUAUGUUUCGGUCAGACACUCACCGCACCCCUAUGUUUCGGUCAGACACUCACCGCACCCCUAUGUUUCGGUCAGACACUCACCGCACCCCUAUGUUUCGGUCAGACACUCACCGCACCCCUAUGUUUCGGUCAGACACUCACCGCACCCUUAUGUUUCGGUCAGACACUCACCGCACCCCUAUGUUUCGGUCAGACACUCACCGCACCCCUAUGUUUCGGUCAGACACUCACCGCACCCCUAUGUUUCGGUCAGACACUCACCGCACCCCUAUGUUUCGGUCAGACACUCACCGCACCCCUAUGUUUCGGUCAGACACUCACCGCACCCCUAUGUUUCGCCAUGAGGUUGAAGAUAGAGCUCGCCAACAUAGAACACGAACGUCUGAAGGAACAAGCUGCCCUUUAGAGGAAGCUCUUCAGGUAAGAGAACGUGAAGCUGCCCUCGAGAAGGAACAAGUUGAAAUUCAAUAUGAACGUGAGACACUCCUCAGGGAACAAGCCGAACUUCAACUCAAAGCCGCUCAUAAGCGAGCUGCCUUGGAUCGUGAACGUGAGAAAGACCAACUCAAUCUCCAAGAACAACAAGUCGCCCUCACGCUAGAGCACCGACGUAAAGAGCUUGACCUUGAAACCACCCACAUCACUCAGGGGCAGGAAGCUGAAGCCGAACUCCCGUGCUACUACUUAGAGUUUGCUCAAAAUAAGAAAGGAUAUCUUAUGAAGUGGCUGGAAUCAGCCGAAGUCACCACCUUUGCAGAUCUCCUCAACCUCAUCCUGAUGGAAGAAUGCCUUCGUCGUGUUCCUACUCCUAUACGUCUCUACUUUUCAAAUAAGGAAGAGACCAACCUUACUAGGUGUGCUCAGUUGGCUGACACAUACAGUCUCAGUCACCGAGUGCCAUCCAACACACCUGGUCCAGUCCGGCUAAAGUGA